GCUGCAUCUCGAGGAUACGAGUCCACUGCAGCGAUACUUGUGGACAGAGGAGCCCACAUGGAAGCGAGAGACAACGAGAGAAAGACUCCGCUAUAUACUGCGGCUCGCUACGGGCACGAACCCACAGCCAGCCUACUAGUUAAAAAGGGGGCUAACAAGGAAACGAGGGCUAAUGGGGACUGGACCCCACUCCAUGCGGCAGCUUGGUUCGGCCACGAAACCAUCGUGCGCCUGCUGGUGGAUAGCAGCGCUGACAUGGAGUUGAAGAGCCAAGACGGACUCACCCCGCUGCAUUGUGCGGUUCAGAAUGGACAUGAGGCAGUGAUGUCGCUGCUG